UUGGGGAGGGGAGUAGGCUCCUUCUUGAUGAGACAUAAUUUGAUUGCAGCCUCUCCAGGCUUGUAGAGUGUGUAAGGAAGACUUAAAUGAAAAAGGUGAGCAUGGUCUGCUCUCCUGUGUCUGGUUAUCAUAAACUGGAUGUCUGUUCGAAAGGGAAGCAAGGCUUUGAGCUUGGGACCAGUGCUGCCAGUGCUGGAAGCCAUCCGAGCCACAAGGGGCAGCGACUGGCAGGCUUAAGGCGGGGUCAGGGGGUCCAGAGCAGAGCUUGCCCUCCUGAGUCAGAGCGGGUGUUUUCUCACAGCCUGGCCCUGUUCUGCAGGGUCAUCCUCCACUUUGGCUCCCACAGGACUCCAGGCGGUUGUUCUAGCCUGUGUCACCCUAGAGGGGCUUCUGUUCCUCUCUGUCUGGACCCAAUGGAGUGGCUCUCACCCAUAGCUGGGCCCCAGCUAGAUUGGAAAAUGAAGACUCCAAGUGAAAGGCAUUUUCCAAAGCCCAUGCCACAGGAUAUUAAUAGGUAUUUUUUCCUAAGGCAGCAGUGGUGGGAUGGUUUAAGUGUUUGCUUAAACGAAGUUAAGCGGCUUGCUUUACUGGUGUUGCCUCUGCUAGUAGAAAUUGUGCCUGAAUCCCCAGAAGCGACUGUUGCAGCAUUCCAGGCCUUCUGACUUUUUAUGUUCUAUAGAGUAAACUUUGUUGAGACUGAGGCUGUCCAGGAUCCGCUGACAGGUGCAGAACAGAAUUCCCUGGUCUCCGAUUCGGGAACUGGGAUGCUCCCAUUUCAUCUCGCCUGCCCCAGACCACCCGCAGGAGAAAGCAUUCACCCCUCCUAAGGGCUGGUGUAUGUGUGUGUUUAUCUCAUGCUGUGAGUCUGUUAAUUAUUUAAUGAAUUAAUAUUACCCCCCUCUUGUUGCUUGUUGCCUGCUGAUUGCACUGUUUAUGAACAGCUGUGAGGACAGGUGGAUCAUAAUCUCCGCGUAGCUAAGCCCAGCGGCAGCGCGAGGAUCGAGUGUCACCAUGUAAUCCUGCUCUGUGCUCCCAGGAGUUAGGAUGUGGCCUCAGCAAGGCACCACCUCUCGGCUGGACAGGAGGAGGUGACUCAAGCCCAACUUAGGGCUACAGCUGGCCUCCCGGUCAACAGCUGACCCAUCCUUCCUGGGCUCUUCUCCCCAGGAUUUCAACAGCACCCCAGAAAUAGCCAUUUUGCUCACGGUUAUUCCCUAGACCCAUGUGAUGUGUGGCAGUCCCUGGGAGUCGGCGCGGCUGUCGUGAGCCUGCCCAUUCUCCUAAAGGGCAGACCAAAGGGCGCAGAGCUCUGCCCCGUGUGCUGCCGCCUCCACCUGCUUGGCUUCAGAGGAACGCUUCCGUGGGAGACUCGAGGCAGCCUCCCCUUCUCCAGGGAGACAGUGCUGGACGCUGCGGGCUCACCUGGGAGCUGGGAGCCCAGGAAGGCUGCUAGCAGAUAUGCAAAGCAGAGCCCUCCCACUCCAGCCCGCCUGCCGGCCCCAGCCAGGGUGCUUAUACCCUGACUCUGCUCAGCGUCCCGCAGCGGGCGGCACCUGGCCCCAGCGCGCCUCGCCAUCAGCCAUGGAAACCCCAGCGCCAGGCUCAGCCGAGAUGCCGCGCCAAUUCCCCAAGCUGAACAUCUCCGAGGUGGACGAGCAGGUGCGGCUGCUGGCUGAGAAGGUGUUCGCUAAAGUGCUCCGCGAAGAGGACAGCAAAGAUGCCCUGUCCCUCUUCACCGUGCCCGAGGACUGCCCCAUCGGGCAGAAGGAGGCCAAGGAGAGGGAACUGCAGAAGGAGCUGGCCGAGCAGAAGUCCUUGGAGACGGCGAAAAGAAAGAAAAGUUUCAAGAUGAUUCGGUCCCAGUCCCUGUCUCUACAAAUGCCGACGCAGCAGGAUUGGAAGGGCCCCCCGACGGCCAGCCCGGCCAUGUCUCCCGCAACCCCUGUGGUCGCUGGGGCUGCUUCCCAGCCCGCGCCAGCACCCUAUGCCAUGCCCGAGUACCAGCGGGUCACCAUCAGCGGCGACUACUGUGCCGGGAUCACCGUGGAGGACUACGAGCAGGCUGCCAAGAGCCUGGCCAAGGCCCUCAUGAUCCGGGAGAAGUAUGCACGGCUCGCCUACCACCGCUUCCCGCGGACCACAGCACAAUACCUGGGCCACCGACGCCCGGACGUCGCCCCUCCUGAGGACGGCCUCCCAGACUUCCACCCUCCCCCACGGCCCCAGGAGGACCCGUACUGCCUGGACGAUGCACCCCCCAACCUGGGCUACUUGGUCCGCAUGCAAGGGGGUAUCCUGUUCGUGUAUGACAACAAGAAGAUGCUGGAGCGCCAGGAGCCCCACAGCCUGCCCUACCCUGACCUGGAGACCUACACGGUGGACAUGAGCCACAUCCUGGCUCUCAUCACCGAUGGCCCCACGAAAACUUAUUGUCACCGGCGACUGAACUUUCUGGAAUCCAAGUUCAGCCUUCACGAGAUGUUAAAUGAGAUGUCUGAGUUCAAAGAGUUGAAGAGUAACCCCCACCGAGACUUCUAUAACGUGAGAAAGGUGGACACGCACAUCCACGCGGCGGCCUGCAUGAACCAGAAGCACUUGCUGCGCUUCAUCAAGCACACGUACCAGACGGAGCCCGACAGGACGGUGGCCGAGAAGCGAGGUCGGAAGAUCACCCUGCGGCAGGUGUUCGACAGCCUGCACAUGGACCCCUACGACCUCACCGUGGACUCGCUGGAUGUGCACGCGGGCCGGCAGACGUUCCAUCGCUUUGACAAGUUCAACUCCAAAUACAACCCCGUGGGGGCCAGCGAGCUGCGGGACCUGUAUUUGAAAACGGAAAACUACCUGGGGGGAGAGUACUUUGCUCGGAUGGUCAAGGAGGUGGCCCGGGAGCUGGAGGAGAGCAAGUACCAGUACUCAGAGCCACGACUCUCCAUCUACGGCCGCAGCCCGGAGGAGUGGCCCAACCUGGCCCGCUGGUUUAUCCAGCACAAGGUCUACUCACCCAACAUGCGCUGGAUCAUCCAGGUGCCCCGCAUCUAUGACAUAUUUAGGUCGAAGAAGCUGCUGCCGAACUUUGGGAAGAUGCUGGAGAACAUCUUCCUGCCCCUGUUCAAGGCCACGAUCGACCCUCAAGAUCACCGAGAGCUUCACCUCUUCCUGAAAUACGUGACGGGGUUCGACAGCGUGGAUGACGAGUCCAAGCACAGUGACCACAUGUUCUCGGACAAGAGCCCCAGCCCAGACAUCUGGACCAGCGAGCAGAACCCGCCCUACAGCUACUACCUGUACUACAUGUAUGCCAACAUCAUGGUGCUCAACAACCUCCGCAGGGAGCGAGGCCUGAGCACAUUCCUGUUCCGGCCGCACUGUGGCGAGGCCGGCUCCAUCACGCACCUGGUGUCCGCCUUCCUCACUGCUGACAACAUUUCCCACGGGCUGCUCCUCAAGAAGAGCCCGGUCCUGCAGUACCUCUACUACCUUGCCCAGAUCCCCAUCGCCAUGUCGCCCCUCAGCAACAACAGUCUGUUCCUCGAGUACUCCAAGAACCCUCUGCGGGAGUUCCUGCACAAGGGGCUGCACGUUUCCCUGUCCACGGACGACCCCAUGCAGUUCCACUACACGAAGGAAGCUCUGAUGGAAGAAUAUGCCAUCGCAGCUCAAGUGUGGAAGCUGAGCACGUGCGACCUGUGUGAGAUCGCCAGGAACAGUGUGCUGCAGAGUGGCCUCUCACAUCAGGAAAAGCAAAAGUUUCUGGGACAAAAUUAUUACAAAGAAGGACCUGAAGGAAACGAUAUUCGGAAGACGAACGUGGCUCAGAUCCGGAUGGCAUUCCGAUAUGAGACCUUAUGCAAUGAGCUCAGCUUUCUGUCUGACGCCAUGAAGUCAGAAGAGAUCACGGCCCUGGCCAAAUAGGCCCAGCCCUCAGCCUGCGUCUUAACUUUGUGGUUCAGUUUCAGGUCUGCUGUGGCCAGCAGUGGUCGAGACACCGAAUGAGGACUCUGCUCUCUGGGACUAGUGAUGUCGGCUGCUGUGUUCACUUUGAGAUCUGCCAUGCCCACUCCUGAUACCAUUUCUGGCUGAGAUGGUGACUUCUUGGGGAAGUCUAGGAGCUGGGCACCUGCCUCUACUUGUUGCUAACUUUCCAAAUAGUCCUCCUGAAACCCACCACUGUUUGAAUGAUUGGGCCCAGGGUUUUCCACAGGACAAGGCCAAGUGAUACACGGUCUGUGUGAUUUUCUGCCACGCUGCCCCCCUCCAGGCCCUGCAGGCUAAUUGGAAGUUGUUCAUUCCAGCCUCUGGCUGCCUUAAAGCCCAUCUCAAAGCUCCCUUUCAUAAAGGGGCUACUUGGAAAGAAUUAAAAGAAGAUUCCCUUCUUAAACAUUUGUGUUUUUUUAAAAUUAAUUUCUUAAAUUGUUUUCUUUAGUCUUGCUCCCUCAUUUCCAGCUAGGAAGCCAAAUGAAUGCAUUGAAACAGCCACUCCUGUUCUGUGCAGGGUGCUGGCUUCCUCCUGCACAAAGUGCGGGUUGCCUGGCCCAGUGGUUUUAAAAUGUGGUCUGUGAAUCCCCGAGGGGCCCCCUCCGGGCAGGGGGGCUGUCAGCAGCUGUGCUACUACCAGCUUCACAGUUUUUCAUUUGAACUAGGGAACUCCGAAAAGCACGGCGCUAGGUUACCUCUGAGCCGACUGGCUCUGAUACCCUACCACUGUGGUCUAAUUAGCAUUUCACCAAGGAAGAGUUAGGGCCAGAGAAGUGAAACUUGCUUGAGGUAACACGGCUAGUAAGUAGGAAGACUACAAUACAACUAGGUUUCCUUAUUCCCAAUCCAGUCCUCUACUAUCCCAUUAGGCUUCACAAAUGUCAGAUUUAAAAAAAAAAAAAUUUAAAUCACUGUAACAGGGUGUAUCUCGUUAAAAAGCAGCUUCUCCCUUGCCCAACAUGCAGACUUGAGGAGACAGAUGGUCCCAGGGGCCAGGUAGAAAGCAUUUAAGACCUAUCCUGAAUUUAAGCUUUAUCAGUGUAUUCUUCAUCUGUGUUACUAGUGCCUAGUAUGUAGUAGGUGCUCAAUAAAUGUAUACCAACUAACAA